CGCACACACUUCCGUUUCCGCCGCCGCUGCCGCCGCCUGGUCCUUCCAGCCGUGGCCGCGUCGCGGUUCGUGUCUCUGCACCAUGUCCGGUGGCCUCCUGAAGGCGCUGCGCAGCGACUCCUACGUGGAGCUCAGCGAGUACCGGGACCAGCACUUCCGGGGUGACAACGAAGAACAAGAGAAAUUACUGAAGAAAAGCUGUACAUUAUAUGUCGGAAAUCUUUCCUUUUAUACAACUGAAGAACAGAUUUAUGAACUCUUCAGCAAAAGUGGUGACAUAAAGAAGAUCAUCAUGGGUCUGGAUAAAAUGAAGAAGACGGCAUGUGGGUUCUGUUUUGUGGAAUACUAUUCGAGAGCAGAUGCAGAGAAUGCCAUGCGCUACAUAAAUGGAACUCGUCUGGAUGACCGGCUCAUCCGCACAGACUGGGAUGCAGGUUUUAAGGAGGGCAGGCAGUAUGGACGUGGACGAUCUGGGGGUCAGGUUCGAGAUGAGUAUCGGGAGGACUAUGAUGCUGGCAGAGGCGGCUAUGGCAAACUGGUACAGAAACAGUGAGUGGAGAGCCCCAGGACACAGCUCACGCUUCACUGUUGAUGAGCAUGACCCAAGCUUUGAUCAGAUCUCUAUUGCACUGGAAGCCACUUCCGGUUUUCUUCUGAAAUAUUAAAAGACAGAAUCCAAAAGAAUGCCUUUAAUUCUGGUCUUAUUAGGUUGAUUUCUGUUACUAGGUCAAAAACUGUAAUCCUGGGCAACAGACUCAUUCUGUGCCAAUUAAACUGUCAGCUGGAUACUACACUUCCUUUUAAGAGCUGACUUUACAGCUGGGCAGUGGUGGCACACGCCUUUAAUCCCAGCACUUGGGAGGCG